AUGAACAACGAGAAGAUGGGCAAGGAAACCUACCCACCGCACGACGAGGAGCUGGCUCCCUUCCCUUCGUAUCCUGGCAUUGUUGAGGAUUCCAAGGAGGCGGAGCAUGAUGCUGUGUUUGGGGCUAUUACGGAGGAUGGGCCCAAUUAUCGAAAUGUCGGCUGGCUCGGCACCGUCGCCCUCAUGAUGAAGACGCAAAUCGGCCUGGGUGUCCUCUCCAUCCCAACAGUCUUCCAUACUCUUGGACUGGUACCGGGCAUCAUCUGCUUGAUCAUAAUCGCCAUCAUUACCACGUGGUCGGACUACAUCGUUGGAGUCUUCAAGCUUCGACAUCGGGAUGUGUACGGGAUCGAUGACGCUGGACAACUCAUCUUCGGUCGUGCUGGUCGCGAGAUACUCGGAGGUGCCUUCGUGCUGUACUGGAUUUUCGUUGCUGGUUCUGCGAUGCUGGGGAUUUCGAUCGGAUUGAACAGUGUAUCGACGCAUGGGGCUUGCACUGCUGCUUUCGUUGCUGUUGCGGCAAUAGCAGGAAUUGCGCUUGGAAGCAUCCAGACCCUUGGGCGUAUCACAUGGUUAGCAUGGGUUGGAGUGACCUGCAUCCUGACAUCCAUCUUCAUCCUCACCAUAGCCGUCGGCGUUCAAGAUCGACCCGCUGCAGCACCACAAGAAGGCGUUUGGAAGUCAGACUGGAAAGCAUUCAACAGCCCGACCCUCCCAGAAGCAUUCGCAGCUCUCUCCUCGCUGGUGUUCGCAUACGCCGGAACGCCAGCUUUCUUCUCGAUCGUAUCUGAAAUGCAUGAUCCACGGUUGUACACUCGGUCGCUGGCGUGCUGUCAGACCGUCGUGACGGUGGUAUAUAUCACCAUCGGCACGGUCGUGUACAUCUACUGCGGAUCUUACGUCGCCUCCCCAGCUCUCGGCUCGGCUGGCGUUUUGAUGAAAAAGAUUUGCUAUGGCCUUGCUUUGCCCGGACUGCUUGUCACUGAGACGCUCGUGAUUCACGUCCCGGCCAAAUACAUCUUCAUCCGAGUUCUCCGCGGUUCCAAACACCUCACAGCCAACUCCAUGAUCCACUGGGCCUCUUGGCUCGGCUGCACCGUCGCCAUCGGUCUCGUCGCCUACGUGAUCGCAAGCGCAAUCCCAGUGUUCGGCGGCCUGGUCUCACUCGUCGGCGCACUCCUCGGUACCCUAAUGUCCUUCCAGCCCAUGGGCUUCAUGUGGCUGUACGACAACUGGAAGAACGAGAGGACGACCAGGUGGUACUUGAUGGUGACUUGGGCGGUGUUUGUGAUCGUCUCCGGUACAUUCUUGAUGAUCGGCGGGACUUAUGGCUCGAUUGUCGGGAUCAUCGACUCGUAUACGGCGGACGGAGGGUCAUCGGCGUGGUCGUGCGCGGAUAACUCCAAUUCUGUCGCUGCGGGUUGA